UCCAUCCUCCAGCUUGCCCGUCUGUCUGCCCGACAAGCAAUGUUGGCAAAACACCCCCUCCUCAUCGUGUAGGGGAAAAAAUGGCGGACAAGCACUAAAUCCACAUCAGAAACAAACACGUAUUACAAAGCAAGUCGGAAAAACAGGGAGCGGGUCGCUUUAAUUUGGACGCCAUCCCCCUUGGCGGAGGAAAAAGGCGCACUUCUAUUGAAAAGAAAAUCAACUGGAGAAGAGGAACGUUUCUUAACUGUUAUGAAGUUUUAAGAGUGAAGGCCAGUGUCAUUUCGUGAACUCGGUCAGUAUUGUUAGAGCAUGAGGAAGCCAGUGCCACAGAAAGCUAUCGAGUGGAAAGAUGCCAGAAGUAUCAAGCAUGCACGGAGCGGACGGCCCUCCCGUGUGCCGUCCCAGUACCAAGGAGGUCAUUUCAGUUGGGAGAAAUACCUGAAAGAGACGGGUGCCACUGCCGCACCUGCCUCUUGCUUCAGACAGAGCUCCUCGCCUCCGUUGAACGAGUUCAAGGCAGGUAUGAAGCUGGAGGCCCAGGACCCGCGGAACACCACGUCCACCUGCAUUGCAACGGUGGUGGGGCUGACAGGUUCGCGGCUGCGCCUGCGCCUGGACGGCUCAGACAACAAGAAUGACUUCUGGCGCCUGGUGGACUCCUCUGAGAUCCAGCCCAUCGGCAACUGUGAGAAGAACGGAGGCAUGCUGCAGCCCCCGCUAGGUUUCCGUCUCAAUGCGUCUUCCUGGCCCAUGUUCCUUCUGAAAACACUCAACGGGGCUGAAAUGGCACCUUCUCGCAUCUUUCACAAGCAGGAGCCUCCCGCCCCGGAGCAGAACUCCUUUCAGGUGGGCAUGAAGCUGGAGGCGGUGGACCGUAAGAAUCCCCACUUCAUCUGCCCAGCCACAGUGGGUGCAUUGCGUGGUGUGGAGGUGCUGGUCACCUUUGACGGCUGGCGGGGAGCCUUUGACUACUACUGCCGCUACGACUCACGCGACAUCUUCCCAGUGGGCUGGUGUGCCCUGACCGGGGACAACUUGCAGCCUCCUGGCACCAAAGUAGUGUUGCCUAAGAGCCUUGGGGCCUUGACAGACGGGAGUGUGGAGAACCCAGCCAUGCACCCCACCCCCACGGUGGGCAGACCUCCAGGUCAGAGAGGACGUAAGCCAGGCCGCAGGAAAACCAAGCUAACGGGGCCCUGGAGCCAGAAGGGCUCAGUGGUGGGACCACAGAGCACGCAGCCAGGCAAAGGUCUGGAGCCCAUCAAGAUCCCCAAGAAACGUGGGCCCAAGCCUGGCAACAAGCUGGCCUGGGCAAAGAGAGCUGGUUGGCUGGAGGGAGCCAUGGCCGGCCCGGGACGGCCAGUGACAGGCCCAGGGCGACCCAGGGGCAGACUCCCUGCCAACUGGGCACAGAGGAUGGCUCUGCAACAGGCCCAGAACCAGGCAGAACCUAUCAAGAUCCCAAAGAAAAGGGGGCCCAAGCCUGGCAGCAAGAGAAAACCUCGGGUGGUCCCUAACCCAGUGCCCACGUCCCCCACCAGCAGCACCCCAGAGCCCGACACCAGCACUGUGCCCCUGGACAACGCCACCAUCCCCAACUCUGCACUACAGGCUCCCACAGUAUGUGUGUACCUGAACAAGUACGGCAAGGUCGGACCCCAUUUGGACCAGCGGCGCAUCCAGCAGCUGCCAGACCACUUUGGUCCGGGCCGGGCCUCCUCGGUGCUGCAGCAGUGUGUGCAGGCCUGCGUGGACUGCGCCCACAACCAGAGCACCGUCUUCUCCUGCCUCAAGUCUGGCCACGGUGGAGAGGUCAUCUCAGGCUACUUUGACCAGAAGCAGCACACUCUGACCCUGCCCACAGUCAGCAGCGUCACCUAUGUGCUUCGCUUCCUGGAGAAACUCUGCCACAACCUCCACUGCGACCCUCUGUUUGGCAGCCAGCCUGUAGCCAGAGGAGGCCUGCACUACGACAGCCACACAUACACAACAGAGAGGAGAGGUUUUGGAGACGGCCUGACAACUGGCCCCGGCCGAGGCACCAAGCGGUUCCUCCAGGACUCCUACAACAGCCCCCUGCCUCCCAAACUGGCCAAAACCCACCGACACUCCACUGAUGGUGAGUCCUUCGUGGAGAACGGUAUUGGAGGCCCAGAGCACUUAAAGAAAAGCCCCCUCUCCCCAAACUCCGCAGGACAGACCCCCGGCCUGAGGUCCCCCACCAAGCUGCUGCAUCACAACUCCACAGGCUCGGGUGGUUUUCGGGAGAGCCCCAGGCCCAGCGGUCAGGACCCCAACCUGUGGACAGUAGAGGAUGUUAUGCAGUAUAUCAGAGACAUCGACCCAGUGCUGGCCCCACAUGCUGACCUUUUCAGAAAACAUGAGAUUGAUGGCAAAGCCUUGCUGUUGCUGCGUAGCGACAUGAUGAUGAAAUACAUGGGCUUGAAGCUCGGCCCCGCCCUCAAACUCACUUUCCACAUUGACAAACUCAAACGCCCUUAAGAAGGUCAACUCACCACCCACCACCUUCCCGAGGACUGAACCCACCCCCCAUUCCCACAUUCAGUAUAUCAUGCACUGCAUAUGGGACAUAUACUGAGCAUUACAUGUAGCAACUUCCAUAAGACUACGAUAUCUGGUAUUAUAUACCCCUUUCCCGGCCUCAUCCAAUGAGGAGUGUUUUUUGUGUGGCACAAUCCAGCCCUAAGGCAGCAUGGGAUAUGCAGGAUCACCCAUUUCUUGUCUUUCAUCAUCUGUUUUGCAUUUCAAUAUGACUUGACGAGUCAGACGUGGCCAUUUUAACUGUAAAAGGCUAUUUUUGGCCUGAUUUUAUUAUGUUACAUCUAUUCUGUACAUUUCAUAUUUUAUACCCCAUGAAAAUAUGGACUUGCAUUUUUGCCUUUUUCAGCGUUUUGUGUCAGAAAUAUUAAAAGGAAAGAGAAAAUCCUAAAGGAAGAAAACAAAAAAACACUAAGUUCAUCCCAAUAGUUGGGAAAGCUUCUGAUUGAUGUCUCGGUUUGAGGCAUGGUUUUGCAAUGAUGAAAUUAACUAUGGGGGAAAAAAAAAAAAAAAAACAUGUUUUAUGAAAUGAAAAAAAACUUUAUUCAGAAAAUACUGCCAUGGUUAAAUCGGUUUCUUUUAUCUUGUUCUGGAUGUUGUUUACAAUGCCUUGUCUUGUCUAUGUUGUUAUUUGUACUUUUUUAAUUUUUUAUACUAUAUUAUUAGAGUUCCUACAUUGAGAGCGCUAUCAUACUCAACAUUGUUCAAUAAAUAUAUAAUAACUCGA